UCUCCGCUGUGGACCUUUGGGAAGCAGCUGCCCACGCCGGGGGCUCGGGCCCUGACCGUGCCGGGAGCGGGUAGGUGUCCGCCCGGGACUCGCCUGAGCCCCUCGCGCCCGCCGGGUCCCCAAGCUCCAAAGUUGUGGGUACGAGCGCGAGUUGGAAAGUUUGCCUGAGGGCUGGUGCGGGCGUGGAGCUGGAGGACCCGCGCUGCCCUGGGAGCCGGAGCCGGCCAGUGACCAAAACCUUGUGUGACUGCACUCAACAGCAAUAUAUCAAGAUUCUCCUCAGAAGUGAGACUUUCCAAAGGACCAAUGACUCUGUUUCCCGUGCCCUUUCAUUUUUCCCUACUCUGUAGCUAUGUCUCGAUCCCGCCAUGCAAAGCCUUCCAGAUUAGUCAGGAAGGAAGAUGUAAACAAAAAGAAAAACAGCCAGCUGAAGAAGACAUCCAAGCCAGUCAACAAGCAUGUGGCAUCAGUCAAGACUUUAAGCCCUGGAAAAUUAAAGCAAUUAAUUCAAGAGAGAGAUGUUAAGAAGAAAACAGAUCCUAAGCCACCUAUGCCUGUCAGAAGCCUUCUGACAAGAGCUGGAGCAGCACGCAUGAAUUUGGAUAGGACUGAGGUUCUUUUUCAGAACCCAGAGUCCUUAACUUGCAAUGGGUUCACAAUGGCUCUCCGAAGCACCUCUCUUAGCAGGCGACUCUCCCAACCCCCAGUGGUCAUAGCCAAACCCAAGAAAGUUCCACCUUCUAAGGGUUUAGAAAAGCAACAUGAUUGUGAUUAUAAGGUACUCACUGACAUGGGAAUAAAGCACUCAGAAAAUGAUUCAGUCCCAGUGCAAGAUACUCUAAUCUCUCCUACUAUAGAGAAUCUAAUCUGUGUACAAAAUAGAUCUUUAAUUAAAGGUGAGAGCCAAGAGACAAGUCAGUCUUGGUCCCAAAGAGUUGAGGAUUCCAAAAUCAAUAUCCCUACUCACAGUGGCCCUGCAGCAGAGAUCCUUUCUGGGCCCUUGGAAGGGACAUGUUGUGAAGGACUAUUCUCUGAAGAGACAUGGCAUGAUACCAGUGGUUCCCCUAGAAUGUUUGCUCAGGACACUAUGUGUGCUCCUUUACCCCAAAGAGCAGCUCCCAAAGUUACCUCUCAAAGAAGCCCCGGCAUUCAGUUAGAAGACUUGGGUUCACGAGUAGAAUCUCUUAAGUUGUCUGAUUCUUACCUGGAUCCUAUCAAAAGUGAGUAUGAUUGCUGCCCCACCUCCAGUUUUAAUAAGGUUAUACCUGAAUCGAACCUUAGAAACUGCUUGUCUAUUGGUGGGUCUACAUAUCCUACCUCUAUAAUAAAAUUCUUCUUGACAGGCUCAGAACAAGAAAUCCUUGGUGCUAAACCAGAUCAUCAAGAGGCCUUCAAAGCUACUGCAGAUCAACAGGAAGUUCCUGAUACCACCUCUGUCCUAGGACAGGCUUUUGGUGCUAUCCCACAUCAAUGGGAAUUUCCUGGUGCUAACCCAGUUCAUGGUGAGGCCCUGGGUGAGACCCCAGACCCACCAGAGAUUCCUGGUGCUAUUCCAGUCCAAGGAGAGGUCUUUGGUACUAUUUUAAACCAACAAGAGACCCUCGAUAUGGGUGGAGGUGCUGUCCCAGACCUGCCUAUCUUCCUUCCUGUUCCUCCAAUCACAAUUGCUACCUGUAAUGCUCCUCCCAAAUGGCCUGAGCCCCAGAGCACUGUCUCAUGUGGGCUUGAGGUCCAGGGUGCUAUGCAUAUUUUGCCUUUGGGCUCAGGACACACUCCUCAAUCAUCAUCAAACUCAGAGAUAAGUUUGGUACCUCCAGUAAUGGCUAUAAGCAAUGUAGAAAAUGAGAAGCAGGUUCAUAUAAGCUUUCUGCCAGCUAACACUCAGGGGUUCACAUUAGCCCCUGAGAGAGGGCUCUACCACACUUCACUGGGUGUUGCCCAACUCUCCCAGGCUAGUCCCAGCAAAUCAGAAGGAGGGAGCUCCCAGGUCAGCACGACCAGCAUGGUUGAUGUUGUCAACACCACAGUGGUAUCGAUGCCAGUGUCACUCUCUAGUACCUCCUCUUCUUCCUACACAACUUUGCUACCUACUUUGGAAAAGAAGAAACGAAAGCGAUGUGGGGUCUGUGAACCCUGCCAGCAGAAAACCAACUGUGGUGAAUGUACUUACUGCAAGAACAGAAAGAACAGCCAUCAGAUCUGUAAGAAGAGGAAAUGUGAGGAGCUGAAAAAGAAACCAUCGGUCAUCGUGCCUUUAGAGGUUAUAAAGGAAAACAAGAGGCCCCAGAGGGAAAAGAAGCCCAAAGUUUUAAAGGCAGAUUUUGACAACAAACUAGUAAAUGGCCCCAAGUCAGAAUCCAUGGACUACAGUAAAUGUGGUCAUGGGAACGAACAAAGAUUGGAAUUGAACCCAAAACCCCUUGAAAAUGUAGCUAAAAAUGAAGAAAGUAUGACAGGUGUUGAAGUGGAGAAAUGGACGCAAAACAAGAAAUCACACUUAAUUGAUCAUGUCAAAGGAGAUUUCAGUGCUAAUGUGACAGAAGCUGAAAAAUCAAAAAACUCUGAAAUUGACAAGAAACAAAACAAACCUCCACAACUGUUUAUACAAACUGUAAGAAAUGGCAUUAAAAAUGUACACUAUUUACCAACUGAAACAAAUGUGUCAUUUAAAAAAUUCAAUAUUGAAGAAUUUGGCAAGGCAUUUGACAACAAUUCGUAUAAAUUCCUACAAGACACUGCAAACCAUAACAAUGCCAUGAGCUCUAUUGCUACUAGUGUGUGUUGCGAUCAUCUCAAGGGGAGAAGUAAUGUGUUAGUCUUCCAGAAGCCUGGCUUUAACUGUAAUUCUAAUCCAGAUUCUUCAAACCUCAAUAUAAACAGUCACACUAGUACACACAAUGAAGGUGAUCAACCAAAAACUCCUGACAACAUGCCAAGUAAAGAACCAAAAGAUGGGUCUCCAGUUCAAGCACGAAUUUUAUCCUUAAUGAAAGUUAGGAGAUUAACACGGGACCAAGUGGUAGCCAUAGAGGCCCUGACUCAACUCUCAGAAGCCCCGUCAGAGAAUUCCUCACCAUCAAAGUCAGAGAAAGAUGAAAGUUCAGAACUUAGAACACCUAGAUUGCUUAACAGCAGCCAGACAGCUUUCUGUUAUGUAGAAAAAGACCUUCAAGACUCAAACAUACAAGGAGAGCCACCAAACCUUCAUCACUGUCCACCUUUGGAAAAGCAAACUUCAUGCAACACAGUGGUAUUCAAUGGCCAAAAUACUCUUUCCAACUCACAUAUCAGCUCAGCUACUAACCAAGCAUCCACAACAUCACAUGAAUAUUCAAAAGUCACAAAUUCAAUACCUCUUAUACCAAAAACAAAUUCAUCCAAGACUGAUACCAGUAAAAAUAUUGCUAAAGGUAGGAUUACUCUUGACAGUUCUUCCAAGAUUCUGGAUCAGUUUCCACCAAGAAGUAAUAAAUUGGGGUAUUGUAAUGAGUUACUGGACAACAGUAAAAAUUUGGACUCAGAUGAUGUAUUAUGUCAGGAUGCAGCCCAUACUCAAAUUGAGGAAGAUGUUGCAACACAACUAACACAACUUGCAUCGAUAAUUAAAUCAACUAAUACAAAUCCAGAUGACAAAAAACUUGAAAGUAAUAAUAAUGCACGGCAAAAACAUAGUCAGGAAAAGGGCUUAAUACAACAGAAACCACCUUCAAGUGUACAAAAUAAUGGUUCAUCAUUAACAAAGCAAAAGAAUACAACCCAGAAAAAGACAAAAUCCACCCCAUCAAGAGAUAGGCGGAAAAAGAAGCCCAUAGUUGUAAGUUGUCAAGAAAAGCAUCAGCAAAACCAGAAAAAGUCAUAUCAGUACCGUCAGUUACAUGACAUUUGGAUAGGAGCCAGAUUUCAAAGGUAUGGGCAAUUUUAUCCACAUGUUUUUCCUAUCCUUUUGGGAGAAAUUCCGCCCAUAACCACAAUGUGCAAACCACUGGCUCCAAAAAGUUUAACGAUACAAGACAAAAAAUUCUUUCCUCCAGUCACUCAGAUAAAAUUCGAGAGGUAUACAGAAUUAGCACAGGAAAAAAUGGUGAAAGUUGAACCACUGGAUUCUCUCACCUUAUUUCAUUUUAAAACGGAAUCCAAUGGGCAGGCGUUUACAGAUAAAGCUUAUAAUUCUCAGGUACAGUCAACAGUGAAUGUCAAUCAGAAAGCUCACCCUUCGACCCAGCCCUCCUCUCCACCUAACCAGUGUGCUAAAGGGAUGGCUGGUGAUGACCAAAUAAAGUUGCAACAAGAUGUUAAGGAGCCACUCAUGCAUCAGAGACUGCCAACAUUACCAGGUAUCUCUCAAGAGACACCCUUAUCGGACCCAGCACAAAUUCUCAGGAAUGUAAAUGUAGUGUGUUCAGGUGGAAUUACAGUGGUUUCUACCAAAAGUGAAGACGAAGUCUGUUCAUCUAGCAUUGCCGAAUCAGAAUUUUCCCCAGUAGACAGCACACAGAAAAGUUUUAAUGAUUAUGCUAUGAACUUCUUUACUAACCCAACAAAAAACCUGGUGUCUGUAACUAAAGAUUCUGAACCACCCACCUGCAACUGUCUUGAUCGAGUUAUACAAAAAGACAAAGGCCCAUAUUAUACACACCUUGGGGCAGGACCAAGUGUUGCUGCUGUCAGGGAAAUCAUGGAGAAUAGGUAUGGUCAAAAAGGAAAUGCGAUAAGGAUAGAAAUAGUAGUGUAUACUGGGAAAGAAGGCAAAAGCUCUCAUGGGUGUCCAAUAGCUAAGUGGGUUUUAAGACGAAGCAGUGAUGAAGAAAAAGUUCUUUGUUUGGUCCGGCAGCGUACUGGCCACCACUGUCCAACAGCUGUGAUGGUGGUGCUCAUCAUGGUGUGGGAUGGCAUUCCUCUUCCCAUGGCUGACAGAUUGUACACGGAGCUUACUGAGAAUCUAAAGUCAUACAACGGUCAUCCCACAGACCGAAGAUGCACCCUCAAUGAAAAUCGUACCUGUGCCUGUCAAGGAAUUGAUCCAGAGACUUGUGGAGCUUCAUUCUCUUUCGGCUGUUCCUGGAGUAUGUACUUCAAUGGUUGUAAGUUUGGUAGAAGCCCAAGCCCCAGGAGAUUUAGAAUUGAUCCAAGCUCUCCCUUGCACGAAAAAAACCUUGAAGAUAACCUACAGAGUUUGGCUACACAAUUAGCUCCUAUUUAUAAGCAGUAUGCUCCGGUUGCUUACCAAAAUCAGGUAGAAUAUGAAAAUGUUGCCCGAGAAUGUCGGCUUGGCAGCAAGGAAGGUCGUCCUUUCUCUGGGGUCACUGCUUGCCUGGACUUCUGUGCCCAUCCCCACAGGGACAUUCACAACAUGAACAAUGGAAGCACUGUGGUUUGUACUUUAACACGAGAAGAUAACCGCUCAUUGGGUGUUAUUCCUCAAGAUGAGCAGCUCCAUGUGCUACCUCUUUAUAAACUUUCAGACACAGAUGAGUUUGGCUCAAGGGAAGGAAUGGAUGCCAAGAUCAAAUCUGGGGCUAUCGAGGUCCUCGCACCCCGCCGCAAAAAAAGAACACGUUUCACUCAGCCUGUUCCUCGUUCUGGGAAAAAGAGGGCUGCAAUGAUGACAGAGGUUCUGGCACAUAAGAUAAGGGCAGUUGAGAAGAAACUCAUUCCUAAAAUCAAGCGGAAAAAUAACAGCACCACGACAACAAACAACAAUAAGGCUUCCUCACUGCCACUCUUAGGGAAUAAAACCGAGACGGUGCAACCUGAAAUAAAAAGUGAAACGGAACCCCAUUUUAUCUUUAAAGUUUCAGAAAACACUAAAACCUGUUCCCUGAUGUCAUCCACUCCUCACCCGGCAAAGGAGGCAAACCUAUCUCCAGGUUUCUCCUGCUCCUCGAAGACUGCUCCAGCCACCACAGCUCCAUUGAAGAGUGAAGCAACAGCCUCGCAGGGGUUUUCAGAAGGAAGUAGCGUACCCCACUACACAACGCCUUAUGGAAGCCACAGCGGUGCCAAUGCAACUGCUGGGGAAUGCACUGGAAUUGCACAGCCUGGUGAAGUGGCUCCUCUUCCCGCCCUAUCUACACCUGUGACAGAUUCCUUGGUGUAUUCUGAGCCUCCCACUGGUCCACCUGAGCAGCUAACUUCUAACCAGCCAAACCAGCAGCCCUCAUUCCUCCUCACCCCUCAUGAACUUGCUUCCUCUCUGAUAGAAGAAGAUGAGCAGCAUUCUGAAGUAGAUGAGCCCCUGUCAGAUGAGCCCCUCUCUGAUGACCUCCUGUCGCCUGCUGAAGAGAAAUUGCCCCACAUUGAUGAGUAUUGGUCAGACAGUGAGCACAUCUUCUUGGAUGCCAAUAUUGGCGGGGUGGCAAUAGCCCCUGCGCAUGGCUCAGUUUUAAUUGAGUGUGCCCGGCGGGAGCUUCAUGCUACAACUCCUGUUGAGCAUCCAAACCGUAAUCAUCCUACUCGCCUCUCCCUUGUUUUUUACCAGCACAAAAACUUGAAUAAGCCCCAACAUGGUUUUGAACUGAACAAGAUUAAAUUUGAGGCUAAAGAAGCUAAGAAUAAGAAGAUGAAAGCCUCAGAGCAAAAACACCAGGCAGCUAAUGAGGUCCCUGAACUGUCCUCUGAAGCAAAUGAAUUGAACCAAAUUCCUUCUCAUAAAGCAUUAACAUUAACCCAUGACAAUGUCGUCACCGUAUCCCCCUACGCUCUCACACAUGUUGCAGGGCCCUAUAACCAUUGGGUCUGAAAGCUUUUCUCCCCUUCUUAAUGCCUUUGCUGAUGUAGUGUAUUUUUACAAGGUGCUUUUGAAAGAAAGUCAUGUUGUGGUUUACUAUAUCUUCAUCUCACCCAUUUCAAGUCCGAGGUAAAAAAAAAAAAAAAUGGGGUGGGUAUUCUUAACUGUGACUAUAUUUUGACAAUUGGUAGAAGGUGCACAUUUUAAGCAAAAAUAAAUGUUUUAUAGUUUUAAAUACAUAAAAGAAAUGUUUUGGUUAGGUGUUAACCUUGAUAGAAUCACUCAGUUUGGUGCUUUAAAUUAAGUCUGUUUACUAUGAAACAAGAGUCAUUUUUAGAGGAUUUUAACAGGUUCAUGUUCUAUGAUGUAAAAUCAAGACAAACAGUGUUAACUCUACACAGCUCCUGGUGCUUAACCACAUCGACACAGUUAAAAAUAAGCUGAAUUAUUAUUUCAUGGUGCCAUUGUUCCAACAUCUUCCAAUCAUUGCUAGAAAAUCGGCAUAUUCCUUUGAAAUAAAUGUAUGAAAUGUUUUCUCUCUUAAAAUAUUUCUCCUAUAUAAAAUAACUCAUUAUUGUUAGUAAUGGUUGGAGGCUGUUCAUAAAUUGUAAAUAUAUAUUUUAAAAGCACUUUCUAUUUUUAAAAGUAACUUGAAAUAAUAGAGUAUAAGAAUCCUAUUGUCUAUUGUUUGUGCAUAUUUGCAUACAAGAGAAAUCAUUUAUCCUUGCUGUGUAGAGUUCCAUCUUGUUAACUGCAGUAUGUAUUCCAAUCAUAUAUAUGGUUUGUGUCCUUUCACAUUCAAAUAUGAGCAACUUACAGUAUAUAAAAUAGUUAGCUAAUGCAAAAAUUGUAAAUUACGUCUAAAAUUGGAAUUAGGAAACGUAUCGCCAAUAUUGAUUAAUAUUUUCUUUGAAACUAAAGGGGGGGGUCUCUUCUGGCUUAUUGAGCAACAAUGGCCUCAAUUUACUUUCAUCCCAGCUUUCUCAGUACGACCCAUGAAAGGUGUUUACAAAAGGAGAUGAUGGGACAGAAUAGGUUUAAGAAGAAUCAAAUGCUUCUAAUGUUUCAAGGUGACAAAAUGUAAAAAUUAAGUAGCCAGAACCUUACCCAUCCCAAACUGCCUUAUUUGUUCUGAAAGUCUGGUAUAGAAUAAGGAAAAAAAUUCCUGUAGAAAUCUUUUUAAAACAAAUUUCCUAUUAUCACGUAUCCUCGACCCAGACUCCAGUUAAACAGUAGAAAUGGCUUUGUCCAUUAAGAGCUAAUCCAUUUGUUUAUCUUAUUAUAGCAUAUUAUGUUUGGAAAAACCGUUACUCAUCUUCUCUGAUAAUUGCCUAAGUUCUAGGUAACAGGAAAAUAGACAUUCUAUUUAUUUUAGUCUGCCCAUUAUUUUUUCCCAUUACUUUAUUGACUCAAUUAAGGUAAAACAAAAAGGAUUACCCAAACAACAUGUUUAGAACAAGAGAACGUUCAAUGAAAUACUUGAUUCUGUUAAAAUGCAGAGGUGCUAUAACAUUCAAAGUGUCAGAUUCCUUGGGAGUAUGGAAAACCUAAUGGUGCUUCUCCCUUGGAAAUGCCAUAGGAACCCGACAACCGCUAACACUCACAAUUUUGGUGCAAAAGCAAACAGUUCCAGCAAGUUCUCUAAAGAAAAACAUGUUGUAACUUAUUAAUUUUAAAAAAUAUAUAUUGUGCAAAGUAUCAGUUUCAAGCUUUUGACUAAUCCAAGUAAAGGAAUAUGAAGGGAUUGUAAAUAACAAAAUGUCCAUUGAUAGACCAUCAUCUUGUACAAGUAGAUUUCUGCUUCUUGAAUAUGUAAAAUAGGGUAAUUCAUUGACUUGUUUUAGUAUUUUGUGUGCCUUAGAUUUCCGUUUUAAAACAUGUAUAUUUUUGUGAGCCUAAGGUUUCUUAUACAUAUAAGUAUAUAAAUAAGUGAUCGUUUAUUGCUUCAGCUACUUCAAUAAGAUAUUUACUAGUAUUAGACUAUCAGGAAUACACCCUUGUGAUAUGUUUUAGAUUUUAGGCCUUAGUGCCCACUAGAAAUUAUUUCCUCACCAGAUUUAAUGGAUAAAGUUUUAUGGCCCUUUAUCUAUCCACCCAUCUGUUCAUUCUUCCAGUCUAUACUUAUUGAAUACCUGAAAAUUUUGAAGUAUCACUUUUGUUUUUCCUUGCAUUUUUUAUUUGCUCUUUUUGGUUUUGUUUUGUUUUGUUUUUAAAGGCUAGUCAA